CGGGUAAUUGCUAAACCAGGGCACACAUGGAGAGAAGAGAUUGGGUCCAAAACCUAUAAAUAAAGAGCAAAGACUAAGAAAGAAAGCAAAAUAAAAAAGCCCAUCAGAAUUUAGCAAACAUCGACUCUCGACAACAACCGCCCUUGGCGUAGACUUCAAGUGUUUGUUUUUCUUCCAACUGCAAUUUGUUUGAAGCUUCCUCCUUCCAGAUUUUUUUCAUUUCCUUCUCCAUUCAAUUCAAUUCAAUCCUCUCUUUCUAAACUCCCUCUUCCUCUUCAUCUUCCUCUUCCUAUUCAUUCUUCCAUUUUCAGAGACAAAUGGGCUAUUAAAUUUGAUCUACCGUUCUGCCUUAUUGGUAAAGUUUUAAAACUUGAUAGUUUUAAGCAUUGGAUUGUGAAUUGUAGCAUAUGAGUUGGGUUGAUAGCGCAGGAGUUUGUGAAUUUGGGUGGGUGUUUGUGAUUGUUGCUAAACGUAGUUGCUGUGACCUCUCCCCGUCGCUCUUGAUGCGUUUCUAAAUUUUCUUGGGGGUGGUGGCUUUAGCGUUUGGAACCAUUGAUGUAAAAGUUCGGUUGAGCAAAAAUGAAGAAAUAUCUCUGGGGUGUUUUCUUUGGGUCCUUCUUUAUGCUGAUAGUUCUACGACUGGGAGUGAUGAAAAAUCCAUUUGGGGAAAGUACAUUACUGAGUCCUGUAGCUGUAAAUUUAUCUGAUCCUCUUCAGUUGAUUAAUCCUGAGGCUCCACCUGCAUUCCGUAGCCCUGAAUCUGCAGGUCCAUUGAUUUCUACAGCAACACUGCUGUCUAGUCUCUUUAUUGACAGGAACUUUUCCCAUGAAGUUGAGAGUUCAUUAUUGACUUGGAAUCGUAUGGGACAUCUAGUCAACUAUUCACAAGGUUUGCCUAAUGCAAUAGAGGCCAUAAGGGAAGCUCAAGUUGCAUGGGAGAGUCUAAUGGAGUCCUUUAAUAAGGGGAAACAAGGUGAUCUUAAUGAAAGUUCACUUCAUGAAGUGAAGGGGAAACAAUGUCCUUAUUUUCUGAACAAAAUGAAUGCUACAGAAUUUGGCAGUGAUGGUUAUAAGCUACGACUACCGUGUGGCCUUAUUCAGGGUUCCGCAAUAACUAUAAUUGGCAUUCCAAAUGGUCUUCUUGGCAGUUUCCGGAUUGAUUUAUCAGGGGAACAACUUCCAGGAGAGCCAGAGCCUCCUAUUAUUCUGCAUUACAAUGUUCGACUUCUAGGUGAUAAGAUAACUGAGGAUCCUGUAAUUGUCCAAAACACAUGGACAGCAGCUCAAGAGUGGGGUGAAGAGGAGCGGUGCCCCCCAUCUGUUCCUGGUGAAAAUAGGAAAGUUGAUGAUUUGAACCAGUGUAAUGAACUGGUGGGCAAAAAUGAAAGCCACAAAUUUGCUGCAAGUAGGUCAUCAAUAUCCAGGAACAGAUCCAGAGAUGGACGGUAUUUUCCAUUUAAGCAAGGGUAUUUGUCUGUUAUGACACUUAGGGUGGGAGAAGAAGGAAUUCAGAUGACAGUUGAUGGAAAGCACAUAACUUCUUUUGCUUUUCGCGAAAGUUUGGAGCCAUGGCUUGUUAGUGAAGUAAGGAUAUCUGGAGACUUGAAAUUAAUCUCUAUCUUGGCCAGUGGCUUGCCCUCAUCGGAGGAAUCAGACCACAUUGUUGAUUUAGAUUCACUGAAAUCAGCUCAGUUAUCACCAAAACAGUCACUGGACCUCUUCAUUGGUGUCUUCUCUACAGCCAAUAACUUUGAGCGCAGGAUGGCCGUUCGCAGAACAUGGAUGCAGUACCCUGUUGUGAAGACGGGAGCAGUGGCUGUGCGCUUUUUUGUUGGUCUGCAUAAAAACCAAAUGGUGAAUGAUCAGCUCUUGAAUGAAUUACAGACAUAUGGAGACAUUCAGCUCGUGCCUUUUGUUGACUAUUACAAUCUUAUAACCUGGAAGACUGUAGCAAUCUGUACUUUUGGGGCAGAAGUCAUUUCAGCCAAAUAUGUCAUGAAAACAGAUGAUGAUUCAUUUGUUCGAGUGGAUGAAGUGCUAGCUUCUUUGCUUAGAACAAAUAUCAGGCAUGGGCUUUUAUAUGGUCUGAUCAAUUACGAUGCUCAGCCUCAUCGGAAUCCUAACAGUAAAUGGUAUAUCAGCAUUGAGGAAUGGCCUGAGAGUUCUUAUCCACCUUGGGCACAUGGCCCUGGCUAUGUGGUAUCACAAGACAUAGCAGAAGCUGUUUAUAAAAGGCACAAAAAGGGUCAGCUAAAGAUGUUCAAACUGGAGGAUGUUGCAAUGGGAAUUUGGAUAGCAGAACUGAAAGCAGGAAGUUUGCGUGUUACUUAUAUAAACGAAAAUCGGAUCUACAAUGAGGGAUGCAAGGAUGGUUAUGUUGUUGCUCACUACCAAAGCCCCAGAGAGAUGCUCUGCCUAUGGCAGAAGCUGCUAGAAGGGCAUGAGCCUGUAUGCUGUUCAGGUCGAUGAGCGAAAUCUUAGUGAUUCUCAACUCUUUUGCAAGUGGAUACCACACAGAGAGCCCCUGUUACGUAGUUGAAUGGAGGGCAGAGGAUUGAUAUUUUAGCCUACAGUUUAGUUUUAUUAGACACACGGUUUAGUACUUAGGUUAUACAUAAAUGUAGUUCUGAAGUUCUGAGAGAUGCACACACAAUUUGAUUACAAAUAUAGAGUGAAUUGUAAUAGGUCUAGCUCAGAGGAUAAUUCUUGGGAAUCUGUGGCUUUACACCAUUAUUCCAUUCUUUGUACAAUGAUCUUUGUUUUGUACCAAUCUCUCUUUGCAAUCAAAGCUUUUGAGGAGAUUUUCUCCAUUUACCUCUA